UACUUCUGAGAAGGCGUCCACACGUUGAUGUCAACGAGUAUCAACGAUGAUUUUUCAAGAGGGCCCAAAUGCCCAGGAACAAACAGCGAGGCGGCGGGCAAUGCCGUAGCUUGUGCCGGUUGUCCAAAUAAGGAGGCGUGUCAGACAGCUUCGACGAUAGAUCCCGAUGUUCUAGCUAUUAGGCACAGGCUGGCGAACGUGAAGCAUAAAAUAUUGGUUCUCUCAGGCAAAGGCGGCGUUGGUAAGAGUACGUUUGCUACUCAGUUGGCGUAUGGUCUGUCUGCCAGAGGAGCAGAAGUUGGCUUACUUGAUAUCGAUAUAUGCGGGCCCUCAGCACCUAUAAUGUUCGGCCAGGUUGGCCAAGAUGUGCACCGAUCAAACAGCGGUUGGUCCCCUGUAUACGUGAAAGAAGGACUCGCAGUGAUGUCUAUAGGCUUUCUUAUGCAGAAUCCAGAUGACGCAGUUAUCUGGCGAGGCCCACGCAAGAAUGGUCUUAUCAAACAGUUCUUAACAGACACUGAAUGGGGUAAUCUUGAUUUCUUGAUCGUGGAUGCGCCCCCUGGAACAUCUGAUGAACAUCUCAGCAUCGUGCAGUACAUGAAACUUGCAGGGAUAGAUGGUGCACUUGUGAUAACAACACCUCAAGAGGUGGCACUAGCAGACGUCCGCAAGGAAAUUAAUUUCUGUGCUAAAGUUGGUGUGCGAGUUCUCGGUGUUGUUGAAAAUAUGAGCACCAUGAUUUUACCCGUGGAAAGUGUGCAACUGAAGUUUAUUUCUGGUCCAGACGGCGAUGUAACUGAACAAGUUCGUAAAGUUCUUGCAUUACAUUUUCCCUCUCCUGAAAACGAGGUUGCACCGAGUAGUUUGUCUGCACAAGUUGAUAUAUUUUCUUCAAAUCUUGGUGCAGCCUCUAGAAUGUGUAAAUGGGCGGGUGUGCCUUUGCUUGGACAGGUUCCCCUUGACCCUGCCAUCGCAACAGCAACAGAGCGGGGUUGUUCUCUUUUUUCUGAUGAAGUUGGUGGCCGAAACCAAAACAUACGCAACUUAAGCUUGGGAAUAAGCCCAGCGUCGUUUGAAGCCAUGAAAACGAUUCUGGACAAUGUGAUUUGUGCUAUUUCUGAAGUUCAAAGCGACGUUUUCAAGACAGGACAGUUGUGAACUUUUUCUUACUCAGUCUAUCCAAAAGGUGUACGUUCGGUGUCUUCAUCACACUUAAAGUCAUAAAGUGGGUCAAGUAGGCCACAAGGUAAAACGUGUCUUCUACGAGCACUGCAAUUGGGUAGGGCGGGCCGUGAUCGACUUUCUUCUUGCCUCGUGAUGUGAUUUUCAACAAAAAAAUGGGGGACAGCGGUUUCAAUUUCGAAUCUGCCUGCUGCCUGACGCCUACCUCUCGUUUCAGUGGCACCCCUCUCACCAGGUUGAUUUACAGUGGUACGUGCGGUGCACUGAUGAGUUUCGCGGUGGUUGACAUGGUAAGGACUCGAGGGAACUUGCUGCAAACUGCGUUUGAAUGCAGGAUGUAAGUCUAGUAGUUCUGGUAGAAAGGAUACGCGUGGUUAGAGUGGCAUCUAUGUCAUUUAUGUCAUUUAGAGUGGCAUCUUUGUCAUCUAUAGUAUAGACGUUUGGUUAGAGUUGCAGAUGAAAGAGUAUAUAUUUCUUCAAAAAAAAAUUCAGGGAGCAGUCAUCUAAGAGAAGAACUGAAUGCGGACGGCUGGUUGGUGACAGUUGGAUGAUGCGAUACAGAGAGGUGGCGUAAUUUUUGGACUCUCGGCGCAUUUUACUGUGCUGAAUGUUUCGGGAGCGAUGUGUGUUUAAAUGAUUCGUAACACGCGUGGUAAAAAGUACUUCUGU